AAAAAAUAAAGGGAUUACCUUUGUUUAUUUUGUUCCCUGUUCCAUCCCCAGUCUCAUUUAGUCAGACCUCGAAAUAUUUGGUUUACUAGUUUUUACUGAUUUUCAUACCGAUUUUCACUCUCAAAACACAAAGUUUUCCUCGUUUUAUCGCUAACCACUCAUACAAAUAAUAAUUCUAUACUCAUAAUGGUUGAUGAUAAAUAUAUUGGAUUGGCUCUUGCCAUGUCCUCUUCUUUGGCCAUUGGUACUUCCUUCAUCAUUACCAAAAAGGGUUUAAUAGAUGCAUCCGCUAGAAAUGGUAGUGAUAAUGUUCAAGGUUUUGAAUAUCUACAGAAUCCAAUUUGGUGGGCCGGUAUGAUUACCAUGGCUGUUGGUGAAAUUGCAAAUUUCGCUGCUUAUACUUUUGCUCCAGCCAUUCUAGUAACUCCUUUAGGUGCAUUAUCAGUUAUUAUUGGUGCUGUUUUAGCCGCCAUUUUCUUAAAAGAAGAAUUGGGUACCUUGGGUAAAAUGGGUUGUGCCAUUUGUCUAAUGGGUUCUGUUAUUAUUGUUCUUCAUGCUCCUCCUGAUAAAGAAAUUGAAACCGUUGAUGAAAUAUUGGGUUACGCAAUGCAACCAGGUUUCUUAUUUUAUUCAGCCUUAGUAACUGCUUACUCAUUAUUCAUGAUUUAUAAAAUUGUUCCUAAAUAUGGUCAUACUAAUCCAAUGAUCUACCUUUCAAUUUGUUCUUCAGUUGGUUCAAUCUCAGUUAUGUCAAUCAAAGCUUUUGGUAUUGCCUUAAAAUUAACCUUGGGUGGUAAUAAUCAAUUCACAUAUGUUUCAACUUAUCUUUUCAUUCUUGUUGUGGUCAUCUGUAUUGCUACCCAAAUGAAUUACUUCAAUAAAGCUUUAGAUCAGUUCGAUACUUCAAUUGUUAAUCCUUUAUACUAUGUCACUUUCACAACAUUCACUUUAUUAGCCUCAUUCAUCCUUUUCAGAGGUUUUAAUACUACUUCUGCUAUCAACGUCAUUUCCCUUUUGAUCGGGUUUUUAAUCAUCUUUAGUGGUGUUUACUUAUUAAAUAUUUCUAGAAAAGAAAACGAUGGCAGAAAUAGAGAAAUUUUCGGCGUUCAUAAUGGAAAAGAUAUGGCUCCUCUAGAUAAUGGCAUUGGAGGAUUUUCUUCCAUGAGAAGAUCAAUGCAAGUCAAUAGAUCGGUCGAUUACGAUAAUGAAGAAACAGUCGGUUUAAGAAGAUUUGAUAGCUUCGAAAUUGAAGAUGAAGAAGAAGAUGAUAGACAUCGCAGAUAAACUUCUCCAUACUAAACCCGAGUCUAGUGUUCACGUUUUCUUUCCCUUCUUCCCUCCUUGUACUCUGUACUCUGUUUGUAUUCUACGCUGUACAUUAUAUACGACUUUUAAUCUUUAUAGAUGUAAAUCCG